GAAAAGAGAUCUUAUCGAUUUUCUUCAAUUUAGUUUUUGGUCGAAUUGUGUGGACGUCGCCGGCUAUAAUUUUGUUUACUCAGGAGUAAAAGUGGUAUUUCGAGAGCGAACUAAUUCUAACAUCGUAAGUCGUCAUGAAGUUGGUUUGGCAGUGUAUGUUUUCUCCUCGCCUUUACAAAGUAUACCGGGAUGGAGCAAAAGACACGAUGUACCAGCCUGUACGACUGGAGAAAUGGGGUGACAAAGUUGUGUCCACGGCCAACACUCUAUUGAAUAUAAGCCUGUACACAUCACCGUUCAUAUGUAUGUACAUAUACAAGCGAGGGUUCUUUACGAUGGACGAGAUGAAGUCACUUGGACGUCUUGUCAGUGGCCUUACUUGUCUCCUGGCCUUCUCCCUCUUUCUGCGAGGAUGCGGAAGAUCGUCCAGUACUAAAUAUGUUCAGUUUGUGAAUGCACUCACAAGCCCGAUGACUGACAAGAAGGCAUAUUUGAAUGAAUUGAGGAAGUAUGACUUUGAAGCAAGUGCUUGGCCCACUACUUACAGUGUUGCAACCAGAGAAAGGUCAUCAUGGAUGGACCGCCUCCCGUUCAAGAUGUGCGCCAACCCCGAUCUGCCGAUUUACAAGCGGUUGCCGAUCCAGCUCCUAGCCUUCAUAGCCACGCAUACAUUCGGCCUGAGACUUAUCUACCCUGGAUCAUUGAGCGUUGUCCAUACUCUGCUGUGGGGUGCACUGUUCCAAGGAAGAACUAUACUGGUUGAGGACCACGACGGGCAGCGUGCUAAAGUAGGAACAGCCGAUGGAAACGCCAUAGACACUAUGUUUGUAGACAACCGAGCUCAUUCUCCUCGAGGCAGAAUAUUGGUGAUUUGCUGCGAAGGGAACUCUGGGUUCUAUGAAAUGGGGAUCGUGAACACGCCCAUCAGGGCCGGAUUCUCUGCACUGGGCUGGAAUCAUCCAGGAUUUGCUGGCAGCACUGGGCUUCCGUUCCCGUCGCAAGAACAAAACGCCAUCGACGCGGUCAUGCAGUAUGCUAUUAACGAGCUGCGGUUCCGACCUGAUCAGAUAGUACUGUUUGGUUGGAGUAUUGGGGGUUACACUGCCACCUGGGCCGCUGUUAAUUAUCCCGUGGCUGCUCUGAUCCUGGACGCUACAUUUGACGAUCUGCUGCCGUUAGCUGAAAACCAGAUGCCAUCAUCCUGGUCUCUCCUCGUGAAAGAAGUGGUGCGGUCCUACGUGAACCUUAACAUUUCUGAAAUGAUGGACAAAUACGUUGGCCCCUUUAAACUCAUCAGAAGGACUGAAGACGAGAUUAUUAGCUUGCGACAAGGUCUCCUGGCAACGAACCGAGGCAACCAUCUGGUUUUGAAACUCAUCUCCCAAAGACACCCAAACGUUGUGGAGAACCCCUUUGCGAAGGUCGCUCUCUUGAAGCUGUUGUCUAUGGCGGAUCUGCAGCGAAGUGCCAUUGAUAUGACUAGGAUUGAGGAUUAUGAACGACCACUGUUACCAUUGAUUUCCAAAUAUCUCCACGACUACAAGUCUUCGCACUGCACUCCGCUUCCUGAGACUGAUUUUAUCACAAUAAUGGAACGGCUGACUGUCCUGAGGCAAGACUAAUGUCUCCCCUUACGAUUUUAUAUCGUACCCGCAGGUGUUAAAGGAAACACACCCAUCGUUCAUCAGAACACUCCCAGGGCACCACCCCUAAGCGUACUCAUUGAAAUCUGACUUUACAAAAUCCGUUCAGAAUUCUUGUUUUUUUUUUCAUUAAAUAUUGGUGGUGACUUUAUAACUACUAACACGCAUUGCCAGUGAUAUUGCCUAACUAAAAGGCUUGUGUAACUACUCUAAACACAUUUAAAGCUGCAAUUCAAUUUUCUCAACGAAACUUCCGAGAAAUUCCUACUAGAAUACGGUGAUUUCAAAUGACCACAUCAUUCUAAAUGAAUUUUCAUUAAAUGUGUUUAGUGUUCGAGCCCUUAGUUAGUGUGAAUUAACGAGCUUCUGUGGUGAUAAUAUUCAAAAUUAUACUGUUAAAUUUUUGUAUAUCGUAUUUUGGAUGUCAAAAAUAAUGUAUCUAAUAAGUAGUCUAUCGUCGCGCUCAUAACCCAGUCAAAUAAGCACGAAGAAAAAUUUACUGGGCUGAAGUAAUGUAAUCUAAAUGAUUGAAAAGACAAUCAUUUUUAAGUAAUUUGCAAGAAGUCCUCACUAAAUAUUCAAAUAUAAAGAUAGUGUGGUGCUUUGCAUGAAAAUUGCAUAAACAAACAUUACCUCCAUAUUUCCAAAAGAUUUGGACGGUACUUGAUGACGGAGACGAUAGAAAAUCAAGGGAACUUCAUAUCCAUCACCAUGUACUUUAUGACGACUAUGCUACUAUCUAGUCUUGAUAAAACAGUUUUACAAUGACAAUUGACAAUUUUACUAAUCAAUUUAUAUUGCAUUUCAAUAUUCAUGUAGAUUUAUAUUCGACCCUGCAAACAGAUUAAUGUCUAAAAGAUAUUAAAUCCUUUUGUCUAUCACGAUUUUUAAAAACUUCUACUUGCAAAGCUCUCAACGUCCCAACAGUGACAUCCCGGUACAAGGCGACAAGUAAACUAGGCCAAUAGUAGUUGUAAUUAUGUAAAAAAAAAAUUAACUUUUUCGCCAGAACUGGUAAAGUCCUUUCCGUCAUUUACAGCGUUUUCGUUGAUUUUUGGGACACCCAACAUAAUGAAACAUAAUAUUUAAGAUGUCCAAUAUCAAUAUACCUUUUCUAUUAUAAAUAUGAACUAUGAACUCUAAUAAUAUUUAUCAAUAGAUACAUUAAAUGUUUGUAGCUGUAUAUUUAAUCCGAUAAUUAAGAUAGAUAUUAAUGAUUUUUUUGUUUGUCUGGAGGGCAAUUUUUAAUUAGUUAGAACAUUGGGUCAUAAAUUUAAUAAACGUAAUUUUUCCUUGGGCUUUCAAUGCCUGAGACUGUCCAAUCCCCUGGAAAAAGUUUAUGUGGAACGAAUUAAAAAUGACUCUCAAUCCAGAUGAACAAAACAAUUUUGUAUCUUUUAUAAUUUGAAUAUAGUAUAAUAUUGUCAUACAGUUUAUCAAAAAAAUCAUGGCUUUUUUUUGGUAUGGCAUCUCGCAGUUCAGCCUAGGAGGCCGUGUACUGCUUAACCGGACCUUAAAAUCACCGCACUGCAUAUUGCGAAUAAAUAUUUUUCUCAUGCAUGUAAACACCGUCAUAAUCAUAACACAUUAAAAAAAACUUGAACUACUGUAACUGCACAAGUUGUUGUAUGCUGUCACUUAAAAUGUUUUUGGAACGAAGUUCCUUAUCGCACGUUGUGAAAGGGGGCUAGACGGAAAAAAUUCUUACGAAAAGUUGUCACGACACUUUUUGCUAUUGUAAGCUGUGCGGCGUCGCAUGUUUCUCUGUCUGUCUGUCUGUCUCUCUCUCUCUCUCACUAAUUAAUCGAAAGGAAAUUCGUUCCACCCGGGUGUCCCUUGACACCUCUCAAGUUUUUAUUAUUUUAUUAUCUUGUCAAAUUCUGUACACGGUAUAGUUUUAAAGUUACCAUGUUUCUUUGAAGUACCCCUUCAAUUGUUGCCAUGAGUUUCUUGACAAACUGUACACAUUUUUAUAUCUCAGUCGGUGAAAAGAGUCUUAGUAGUUCAAGUGUCAGUCAGUAUGUCCGGCAAUACACGGACCGCUUGAAGCAGUCAGGGGCGACAGCUUCAAGCUGUCGGCCGCCCGAAUCAGUUGCAACUGCUCGAGCGGUUUGUGUACAUGUGCGUCCAUAGAACUCUGCAGUUCACUUUGCAGUCGACAGCUUGAAGCUGUCUCCUAUGACUGCUUCAAGCGGUCCGUGUAUUGUAGGCCUAUAUCUCCCUCUUUUGUCGGGUACACCGGUUUCAACCGGUAAGAGUCCAGGGGGUACGCCCGCCUCACCCCAGGCCAGACGAGGAGGGGUCACGUCAAACAAAAAUACGAUACAGGUUUGUUCAGAAAUUGGUUAUUAGGUUGUGGGUAAAAACGAAUGAAUGGUGAAUGCAUUUAACUGACAAAAAAAAAGGACUGAGGCAAAAAAUGGUAACUUGAUUUUGAUAAUAUAUUGUGAUUGAUAGUCGUGUUUAGAAAUAAACAAAAGUUUUUCCACAACGUGGGUAUGGGAUAGGCAAGUGAUAUACCUAUUUAUGAUUUUUUCUUCAUAACGAUUUAAUGAACUAAGCAUGUGUAUUUUAUUAAAUGGAUUUAUGUUUGAUUUGUAAAUUAAAUCGUCUCUAAUUUAUACAUUGUAUUUAAAUUAAUUAUAUGUAUACUUAUUUAUUGCACUUAAAAAACAACACUAUAAUAAAUAUACAGAUAAAUUAUUUCCAUUGCGUAUUUUUUUUUCGUCACUUUCCGACUGGACAUUUGUUUUCCGUCGUGUCACAAAAACUUUUAAACGUCUGUUGAUCACGUGUGUAACGUUGAAAUAAAGUCCGUUUUUUUGGUAACAUUUUUUUAGUCAAGUGAUCAACAGGUGUUUAAGUUUUUGUAGUAAGGCUUUAUGUAUUUAUAAAGGCUUCAAAUGUUUUGAAAUAUGCAUUUUAUUUAAUUUUAAUAGAAAAAUAUGUUUAGUUAAUUCACAGGAGGUUAUUAAAGGGUUCGGCAUUUUUACAUUUAAUUUAAAAGGAUUUUAAUGUGAAAUAGUAUUAAGAAUAAAAAAUAAUUUGAUGCAA